AAAUUGUUGAUGUGUACCUUGUAAAGUUAAGCAUGAUACGAACCAUAUUAUUUUUAGUAUCAUUUCAAUUAGCAUUAUCCGCCAAAUAUAAUCCGGAAAAGAGAUUAAUAAGAUGGUUAAUGAUUGAUUAUGAUAAAAGAUCUCGUCCAGUUGCUAAUCAUUCGCAGCCUGUUACAGUUAAAUACGGCUUUAAAUUAAGCGAAAUACAAGGGGUGGAUGAAAGAAAUAACAAAUUGGAAUUGUUUGCUUGGCAGUCUAUGCAAUGGAGGGAUGAGUAUUUGUCUUGGAGACCUAAGAAUUUUGACAAUAUUUCAGAGAUAACGAUACCAUCUAAAUAUGUUUGGCAACCUGAUUUUAUACAGGAAAAUAAUGCAAAAGAUUUCUAUAAUAAACAAUAUCAGGAAUAUUUUCAUGUGAUUGUAAAUCAUGAUGGUAUUGUCACCGCCGCACCAGCUGGUCAACUAACAACAGUUUGUUCGUUUAAUCUAUUCUAUUUUCCAUUUGACAAGCAUACCUGUAAAGUGGUGAUUUCUUCUUGGACCUACACUUGUGAUGAAGUCGAUAUUAAAAGCAACUUGACAGAGAUUGACUUAGGUUUCUUUAAACCUAAUGGAGAAUGGACAUUGGAGUACACAGACGUGACAAAUAUCGAAACUAAAACGAACAGAGACUACAAAUACUGUUCAGUAUACAUUCAUUUAACUCUUAAGCGCAAACCUUUAUACUAUAUUUUAGUGAUUCUUUUACCUUGCGUCAUCUUAUCUUUAGUAUCGGUUUUUACGUUUAUUAUUCCUCCAGAGAGUAGUGAACGAAUUAUGAUGUCUAUGACCAGUCUACUAGCAUUUGUGUUAUUUUUAACAGCUCUUAAUAAUAUUUUACCAAGGAACUCGGAUCAAGCUCCAAUGCUUGUAUCGUAUAUUACUGUUAUCGUCAUUGCUAUGUGGAUAGCAUUGAUUAUUUCUAUCUUCCUUGUGAAGGUAUAUUUCAAAGAUCAACCAUCUAAGGAAAAUAUUCCGGACCAGAAUGGAAAUAGAGGUCUAUUGUCAAAUUUUAAAUCUGUAGGAGAGUUAGUGAAGGAGAAAAAAAGAGAUAUAGCGGAUUGGAUGGACAUUACUCUAUUUUGGGUAUUCACAAUUGGUUUGGGAGUUGCAACAAUUGUUAUAUUUGUUAUUAUACCGCCAAAAGACUAA